GAUGAAUGGGAGCUGUGGCGUUGGACGUGUGAUGAGAGGAGCGCUGGAGUCAGAAUGAGCAUGUUAAGUUCAGACACACAAGGAGCCUAAAGAAGGAGAUUAACUUCCCUGAUUCAUCCAGAAUUGGAUAGACAACAUGGUGCAGUAGGACAACUAAAAUUUCAGUUGUUUCUCUUUGGAUAAAUACAUGAGGGUAGACUUUAAACCUGCUGGACCAUGGCUGUUAAGGAAGGGAAACAUUGGAGGUCCAUGUUUAAAGGCCUCAUCCUGGGAACACUUCUCACCAGCUGUAUGAUCCUGCUUUACUCCCUCUCCAUCCAACAGAUCUACUUCAACCUGCCCGAGAUCCCAGUGCCUUACUCCUGUGCCCACCGCCCAUCCCAUCUUCACCCUAAAGCAACCACUAAUACGUCACAAAAAAACUCCAGCCAGCCCUGCUCUCCUAAAGUGGACAUAAUGUUCAUGAAGACCCACAAAACGGCCAGCAGCACUUUUCUGAACAUCCUGUUCCGUUUUGGAGAGAAACAACAUCUUCAAUUUGCUUUUCCUGACAGCAGAAAUGACUUCUUCUAUCCAUCCCUUUUCCAGCGCUCCCAGGUCAAAGACUACAAACCUGGAAUGUGCUUCAACAUAAUCUGUAAUCACAUGCGGUUCAAUGCUCCAGAAGUGGCUAAGCUACUUCCUUUAGACACAUCCUACAUCACCAUUCUGAGAGACCCGGCAGAACUUUUUGAGUCAUCAUUCCACUAUUUUGGCCGGCUGGUGCCUUUUACCUGGAAGAUAUCAGGUGACGACAAGCUCGCAGAGUUCCUGCUUGACCCACACGGCUACUUUGAUCCAAAGGGCUUCAAUUCCUUCUACCUCAAGAACCUGCUGUUCUUUGACUUUGGACAGGACAACACUCUGGAGCUGGAGGAUCCACGGGUAGACGAGGGAAUCAGAUACAUCUCGGAACGUUUCCAUCUGGUCAUGUUGGUGGAACAUUUUGAGGAAUCACUGAUCCUGCUCAAAGAUGCUCUCUGCUGGGAGAUGGAUGACUUGCUCUUCUUCAAGCUAAAUGCCCGUAAGGGAUCCACUGUGUCUAAACUAACCCCCAAGCUGAGGGCCAGGGCUCUUGAGUGGAAUGCCAUUGACUGGAAGCUAUACCAGCACUUUAACAAAACAUUUUGGCAGAAGGUAGAUGCCUAUGGACGGCAGCGUAUGGCCAAGGAUGUGUCAGAACUUAGGAGAAGAAACAAAGAGAUGGCAUCAAUCUGCAUCGAGGGAGGCUCUGCAGUGGAAGCCAGCAGUAUCCAGGAGACAGACAUGCAGCCUUGGCAGCCCAUUGGAGAGAAGUCAAUCAUGGGCUAUAACCUAAAGAAGAAUGUGGACAAAGCUCAUCGGAAGUUGUGCCGUAAAAUGUUGAUGCCAGAGAUUCAGUACCUGACAGAACUGGGGGUAAACCUGUGGAUCACCAAGCUGUGGGGUCAUGUCCGAGGCAUCAUUAACUGGUGACUAGACUUUUGAGCAUGAGCUGGCACAUCAAACUUAACAGACUGUAUCAAAAGAUGAAUAAAAUAUAUCGGAGUGCAGCU